GCCGCACUUUCCUUGCGCUGCUCCCGUUUGCACUUUCCAUCUCGCUCCGCCGGGGCAGCCCGGCAAACGGUCGGGCCGGGGCUAUGCGACGUGCGGGGAGCGCAGCGGCUGCCGCGCCGUAGGGAGCCGUCCCCGGGCAGGGCCGGGGUGUCCCGCUGCAGGCGGCGGCUCCCGGGCAGGGCUCGCCCUGCCGUCCCGCCUCGGGGCGGAGGGACCCGCGAUGUGCGACAUGAUCGACUCGCAGUCCGCCGAGAAGAUCAGCAGGAUGAAAAAGUUGCGGAGAACUUUGUCGGAGAGCUUCAGCCGAAUAGCCUUGAAGAAAGAAGACAGCAGCUUUGAUGAGAUAUGUGUCACAAAGAUGUCUACACGGAACUGCCAGGGAAUGGAUUCAGUGAUCAAACCUCUGGAUACAAUUCCUGAGGAUAAGAAAGUCAGGGUCCAGAGGACGCAGAGUAGCUUCGAUCCCUUUGAGAAACCAACUAAUCAAGUGAAGAGGGUUCAUUCAGAGAACAACGCUUGCAUUAACUUCAAAACUUCAUCUGCAGGGAAAGAAUCACCCAAAGUCCGACGGCAUUCCAGCCCUAGCUCUCCUACAAGUCCCAAGUUUGGAAAAGCAGACUCAUAUGAAAAACUGGAAAAACUAGGGGAAGGGUCCUAUGCUACAGUAUACAAAGGGAAAAGCAAGGUUAAUGGAAAGCUGGUGGCACUGAAGGUGAUAAGAUUACAAGAAGAGGAAGGAACCCCAUUUACAGCUAUCAGGGAAGGUAUGCACGCUUCUCUUCUGAAAGGACUGAAACAUGCAAACAUUGUGCUGCUUCAUGACAUCAUUCACACCAAGGAGACUUUAACACUCGUUUUUGAAUAUGUGCACACUGAUUUAUGUCAGUACAUGGACAAACACCCUGGAGGGCUUCAUCCAGAAAAUGUGAAGUUAUUUUUAUUUCAGUUGCUGCGAGGACUGUCUUACAUCCACCAGCGUUACAUUUUGCACAGGGACCUGAAACCACAGAAUCUUCUGAUCAGUGACACGGGGGAGUUAAAGCUGGCAGACUUUGGUCUUGCAAGAGCUAAAUCAGUUCCCAGCCAUACGUAUUCUAAUGAAGUGGUAACCCUAUGGUACAGACCUCCAGAUGUCCUUUUGGGAUCAACAGAAUAUUCUACCUGCCUUGAUAUGUGGGGAGUGGGAUGUAUCUUUGUAGAAAUGAUUCAAGGGGUCGCAGCUUUUCCAGGAAUGAAAGACAUUCAAGAUCAACUUGAAAGGAUAUUUCUGGUACUUGGAACACCAAAUGAAGAUACGUGGCCUGGAGUCCACUCAUUACCCCAUUUCAAACCAGAACGGUUUACACAGUACAGCCCUAAAAACCUUAGACAAGCAUGGAAUAAGCUGAGCUAUGUGAAUCAUGCGGAAGAUCUAGCCUCCAAACUACUCCAGUGUUUCCCAAAGAACAGAUUGUCAGCACAGGCAGCCCUGAGCCACGAGUAUUUCAGUGAUCUGCCCCCUCGGCUAUGGGAGCUAACCGAUAUGUCUUCUAUUUUUACUGUACCGAAUGUAAGAUUACAAGCAGAGACCGGAGAAAGCAUGAGAGUCUUUGGGAAAAACAAUAGUUAUGGCAAAGGUGUAUCAAACAGCAAACAUUGAAGAAUACCUGAGUUUGUGAUAGAUAAUGCAGGAUUAAAUUUACCAGUUUGGAGGAGGGAAACAAAAACCUAAUGAGGAGGCCGACACCAGGAAGGAGCCAUGGCCUGUUUCCUUUCUUUCUGUAUGGUGGAUUUCAUUCAAAAGAAAAUUGAAGCUGGCAAGACCCUGUUUUUCCCUGCAAUUUAUUUAAAACCUUGCACGCAUUUUGGAUACCUUGUGAUUUCAGAGAACUAUGUGAAGAUUAAGCUUUUGCUUACUGAUACAUGGCAUGUACUCUUUCAGUCUUUUGUGUUUGGUUUUGUUUGAUUUUCCACUGCAGCGCUGCAUCUUUGUAAGGACUUUUAUGCUUUCACCAGCAAUGUCUUAAAUACAUUAAGACAACACAUUCGGUGUUCACACUUCUUCAGUAAUGACUGUACAAAAAAGCCAGCGGUGGCAUAAAGGACUGUGCUUUCUUUGAGAGUCGUGCACAUAUUGCAACCAAUGGGAAGACAAUUUCUGCCAGAGCAAGGCCGACUCGGGCUGACAGUUACAGCACCUUGCCACUAUUCCUGAAGUGGUGUUGGGUUCUUUCUUUUCUCAUUGUAUCCUCAGACCAUUUAUAUCCAUUUUAAAAACACGGCAAUAACCGCAUGUUUACUUCAGCACUCUGAAUUUGGUUACUCUGCUUAGGCUAUGUAGCAUGCCAGUUUUGGAAAUAGGCCUGUGAGAAAGACAAAGCAAAAAUGAGAUGCGCUGAGCUGACAGAUAUACGACAAAUUCUUUAUGGUUUUAUUCCCUUUGUGAGUAUUUCUUUCUUUUGUGGGUCUUGGCUCACAUCUCCAUGUUUUUCCUCAUGCUGUUUACCUUUUGGAAUGUUUUCCUGAAAAGAAAACAGAGAUUCUGAAACGGUUCCAUUUAAUUCAAGGCAGAUACUAAGGUACAGAGAAAUUUUUGUUGAAUGAGCCAUGAAGUCUAGCUGUGUUAUUUUGCUGCUUACGGAGCAAAAGAGAGAGUUUUCCUUAUCCCAGACGGUUUGCUGUUCCACACCAAAGCACUUUUCAAAUGAUUUUCUAUAGGUAUCCCGAUCUGAUUGGAAGGCACUACCAGAUGAUGUGUCUUUAAAUCGCUUUUCUGAAUGAAUCAUUCAAAUGCAAACUUUGCAAGAAACAAAGCUGUGUGAUUUUAGGCGAGGAAGCCCCUGCCACAUUGUGGCUGGGGAGAACAUUGUGUUCAGGGGUGGAUAAAACUGCCCCGAUCAUAUACAAUGCUUUGCAUUCAGAAAGAGCAGGGCACGGUGCGAAAGCUGCUGCUGAGUUAUGCUCCUGCUCAGACAGAACCGCUUGCUAGGCAAUAUUAUUCUACACAUAAAUUUGACAUCCCUUGUUGCUGGAUGCAUUGAAUUACAUUUUUAAGAAGUGCGGUAACACUUGGGUUAGCUUUCAGUGUUUAAAAGGAGGGGAAAAGGAUUUGUGCUACUGCCAUCUUAUUAAACUCCAGCAGUGUUUAAUAAGAAAAGAACACCCAAUAAGGCAAAUCCUUGAAUGCUCAAGUAGCUACGAAAGGCCUCUUAAUGAACUAGCAUAUGAGUCUACACUUUCAAAGAGUUGAACCGUGGAAAUAUUCUCAAUAUUUGCACAGCCAUUAAAACACAGUUUCCCCCAAUGACGUCUCUCUUUCAGGAUCUGGUAAAAGCCAUCUGAAAGCCACUUUCAGUCACAAUCCUAUUUAGAAGUUACUACAGUUUUCCUCCUGUAUUUAGGAGGGGAAAAAAAGUGACCACUGAACUUCUGACUUUAUCACACACUAAAACUGCCUUAGACGUGGUUUGUUUGGGUUUCAUGUUUCUUUUUUUUUCUAAGAGAAAAGUCUUUUAUACAUUAUCUUUGCUACUGAAACGCUGUGCAGUUUGAUGACUGAAAUUAGCUAUUUUUAGAAAAAAAAAAUCAUGCUGCAAAAAAAAAAAAAUCUGAAGAAUUUUUGAAAAUGUAAGAUUUCAAUUAGGAAUAUAACGGUAGUUGCAUAGACACAUCUACUGGGCAGCUUAAAUCGGGAGGCACGCAGUUACGCUGCUCAACUAAACAUCUGAAGGUUUAACAUAGAGACUGAUACCCUAACUGUUCCCACAAGCCCAGCACAUUGCUGUCCAUAGUGAAUCACGUCGUGUUUGCUUACGGUGUGUGCGUGUGUGUGUGUGUGUAUGUGUGUGUACACACAUGCGUGUGAGAUUAUCUUCUCUGCCCCAUUCCCACUUUUAAGCAACCACUGAAAUAAUUAGAGUUGGUCCACAAUCUUCAAACGCAGUUGCCCAAAGCGCACAAACAUCUAAAUUCCUCAACAGUACCUCGAUUUUCAGCAGUAGUGGGUCUGUCUUGGCCACCGAUCAGUUAAGGAAUGACCCGAAUCUCUUGAGCACCUCCUUUCUGGUUCUUCUGACUGCCUGUGGUGACACGGGUUUGCUGUCACCUGCAGAGGUCUUUCUCCCAGCACUAAGGGGACCUGCUGCACAUUAUUCUCCCGGACCAUGAAAUCUUCUGGGAAACCUAAACUUUUAUUGUAUUUUAUUUUAUUUUGAGAAAAUGGGAGUAGCUUUAUGCAGAGAAUUGACUGUACAGUCUUUUUUCUCCCUUUUUACCCUUUUUGUCCUGUCCUGCAUCAGCAACCUGACAGACCCCCUCAGUUAGGGUUCCUGGCAGCCAUCCCACCUCUCCAGCAUCUUGCAGGUUUUCAGCACAGCCUUUUUCAGUGCUGAUGAAUGGACUUUUUAAGCCCCAUCAGUGUCCUUGAGGCAGAGUCAGGGAAUAUCAGUAGCACUACCCUCUUUUAUUCUCAUCCUUCCCAAACCAGUUCCCUGCAGAAUAUUCAAAGGGAGAAGAAAACAAUCAGCCUGGUCUUCCAAACAUACUGCAGGUCUUGGGAGUGCAGUGUUUCAUGCCAUCAGCAGUCAAAAGUUAGUUUAAAUGGAUGGUAUUCUGUGGGGCACAGUCCUUGAGAAACUGUGGGACUCGCCCGGAGCUGACAGCCAUCAGCAGUGUAAUUUUUGUUUUCUUGCCUGAGCCCCAGCAGAUCCUUCCUGAUGAUAUGGAGAGGAUGUGGCUCAGCUGCAAGAGGGACGAGCAGCCACAGGGCAGCAGUGGGCAGACAAAAGUGGGAGGGCGUAUUCUGACUCUGUACAAUAUCAGGUGAACGGGGAAGGGAAGGUGGUGACAGAGAUGGCCUGUGUGAUACGGAGAUUCCUUACAAGUUCACAUUCACAGAACCCAACUUUAUUAGAAGUGAAGCACCUGAAGAUGGCUUGGUCCCACUCCAGCUGGGGUCAGCUCAGCUCCAAUCCACACUGUGCAGGCACAGCACCAGGCAGGACACUCCAGCACUCAACUUUACACUGUUGUAUGACAUCCCGGGUUGUUGAGUCCUUCCAAUUCUCACUAUUGUUUUAGGAUAAUGCCAGUAAAUGCAACACUGAAAAUUCAAUCUGCAGUAGACAGAGGCACCGGGGUUUCCAUGUUCACUUUGUUGUGUGGAGAUUACAGACUUCAGACUCCCGUGGAAGAGGGUAGGGUAAUAAAUUCCCCUUGGCUGGGGGGUGACAUCCACUCCUAUGUGCUCAGUGUCAGUGCACACAACUGAAUGUGUAGUCAAUGCUCCGGUAUGCUCAUAUACAAAAUACUCAUCUGUGAAUAUAACUGGGUUUUGUAAUCUUUGAUAUAUAAAAUGUUGAGGCUAUACAGACCGGGGAGCAAAACACUGACACCCCAUAUAAAUAGAAUUACGUUGCAUUACUGAGCGUAACAAAACUCUCCCCUACCAGCAGUUAGGCGGAGUGACCGUAUGUUACUGCCUUGCGUUUUUCUCGUGAGCAAAAAAUCUAAAAGUCAAGGAUGCACUAAAAAUUCCCAUCCCCCAGAAUGCAUUUCAAUGGUGCUGCAUACAAAAUCCCAGCUUGCCAGCUUCCACGCGGGUUUUCGUAUGGUGCACUAAGAGGUGUUCUUUUUUUAACAAAUAAAACAAGGGAGGGCUGGUACAUGAAAACAAUGUUAAUGUAAUUAAAUAUAUAUAUAUAUACUAAAGAAGAACAGCAUAGUAAGCAGUACAGUAAAUAAAUGUUGCAUUAUUUGUUACACCUUGUAAUUUGUCUGUAUUAUGAAAGAUGUAAUGGUUUGUCAGCUGUAACUGUUGUUUUCUUGUAACAUCAUAUUGAAUAAAGUGUAGCAGAAUCUCUCUUC